UCUCGUUCUGCUGUCCUGACAGAGCACAGAGCAGGGUGUGUUUGAUUUUGUCUCAGAGCAGGAUGAUUGUUGUGAAGCCAGCGGUGCUGCUGCUGCUGCCGCUGCUGCUGGCGGUGAUCGGCACCGACGCGGCGCCGUGCACCAGAGAAUGUGCCCGUCUGACCAAAAUGCUGCCAACAAAAGACGUGCACAAGAUUUUAGGGGACUGGGUUAUGGUCUGGUCCGUCUCUGAUACCCAGCAAGGCUCUGACCGGCUGGGAAACCUCUCCAGCUCCUACAUCAGAUUCCAACUCCUCCCUGACAACAAAACCAUCAUGUUCAACAAGAGGAGCAUGUUACUUGAUAUGCUGUGUUCUAAGUAUGAUUUCAACAUAUCGUUGAACUUUGACCCCUCCGAAUACCACACACUGCACAUCAUCUCUGCCUUGGGGGAGAAUUUUUUCUAUGAGAGCUGCUCCGACUGUCUGGCGUUGGUCUACAGAGGCAAAAUGGCCAACACAAGCAAAGUGGGCCGAUUCCUGUUCAUCUUCUGGAGGGAGGGGCACCAUCGGGAUGUUGAGCUGUUGAAAGCGGCACACAGCGAUCAUAAGAAACUGGCAGAGUGUCUGGGAUUUCCUCACGACAAACCGUUCAGCUACGAUGGAGCUACAGACUGAAGAGGACUAACCAGGACCAGUAAAUUGAACUUGAUGUGCACAGUUGGUGGAGGGGAGUUUUAGUGUUUCACCUAAACAAAAAAAUAUUAGAAAUAGCAAAUAAUUAAAUUAAAUUAAAUAAUUGAUAAUUAUUUUAUUAUUAAAUAAUCUUGUCUCCUCACAGGUUCUUGUCAUUUGAAAUCUUCUCCAGCAGCGCAGCCUGAACAUUCCUGAAGAUGUUGGAACAAACAAA